GGCCGCAAUCGCUCGAAACUCUCGUUGAAUCAAGGCUACAGUUCACGAAGAAGAGAAAUCAACAUCCUGUCUGACUGCGACGAGAACAGCACCGAGGUUUCAGAGGACGUUGGUCAUGACCAGCUGGUGAUUUGCCCAGAAUCACAUCAGUAAAUCGUAACAGUUGCUGUUUCAGCCAUCAUGAAUCCUUCAAACUUCUUUGGUAGACCACAAACUGCCUUUCAGGCACCAAACAACACUAAUCAAUCUGGAAACCCAUUUCAGUCCUUUGCCCAGCAGAACCCAGCACAGGGUGUUGGUUUUGGACAACCCUCUGCUUUUAGUCAGCCAGCUUUUGGCCAACAAACACCACAGCCACAGUCUGUCUUCGGCCAGACGCCUAGUUUUGGCCAGACCAGUGGGUUAUCACAAGGAUUGGGGCAGACGUCUUCAUUCGCUUUUAUGGGAACAACCCCAGCCUUUGGGCAGUCGAGUUUGGGUCAAGGCACACUUGGAUUUGGACAACCACCACCACCUUCAUAUUCUCAAGCUACAGGACAGAAUCAGAUGUCUGCUUUUGAUCAGACCUCUGCUUUUGGUCAGUCUUCGACAUUUGGUCUUUCCUCCAGUGCCUCGCAAUCUCUGACCAGCUUCAGCAGCACUGUUACCAACCAGCCCAGUUUUGGUCAGCUUUCAGCCCUCUCUGUACCCACUGCCACAUCUAGCUCCUCAACAGGGGGUAGGACUGAUAAUCCAACUGGUGGGAACCAGUUUAGUUUCAAGCCACCCAAUGAUGCCGUUUUCAAACCUAUUUUUAGCGUCAGCCCCGAACCUCCCAGCUCAAAUCUGUCUUCAGUUUCUGAAACUGUUGGAUCGUCCAAGCCUGUAACUAGUACUAUGGAGAAUUCCUCCAGUGGUUCGCUGUUCUCAUGUGUAAAGCCGAACGCUCUGGGCUUCAGCUUCUCACAGCCAGCAGCAGCUCCAUCUGUCUCAUUUUCCAAUGCAAAUUUUUCACAAAAGGAGACGCUCGGUGGUGGCAACAACAUUCAGUUCACCUUCUCUCAGCCAGCCAACCCUUCCGGCAGCAGUACGCCUGCUUCUCAGCCCACGACUCCGUCCACCUUCAGCUUCACAGCACAGAGCCUUCAGUCUCAAUCAGAUAGCAAAAUACCUGCGUUUGUUACUGGCAUUGGAUCCUUUGGAUUUGUGGUCCCAAAAACUGAAACGCCACAAAGAACGGAGGAUAGAGCAGGUGAUGUACAGACUAGUGGAGGAGAAGCGGCUUUUGUGGGUUUUGGCAUAAAACGUAAAGAGGAGCCAGUUGAUCCUAAUGCAACUAAAAGCGAUAGUAGUGAGGCUGGGGCAGAUGGACCAAGACAACCCGCCAAACGCCCGCUGCUGAGAAGCCGUGGCCCAGCUGGAGGGAUUUUUCGCAAUGCAUUGUCUGAGCUAAUAAAAUCCAAAGUCAGUCCAGUGAAUAGAGAAGAUCAUCUUCCAGAUAGACCAGAUCCACCCGGUCCAGGCAGUGAUGUGGCCACUACACCUCCAAGAUCUCAGGCUCCCACAGUGCUGAAAAAAGCAGAGGAAAUUUCACUCAUGCCUGAAGCACAGACACACACUCCAGGUAGACGUGCCUCUCGAAAGGAGAGCACAGACAGUUUGGGUGGUCUCUCUCCUACUGAUGCCACUGUUAUACAGUGCAAAGGCAUCCCACCCAACCUCAACAAGAAAGACCUCAUCAUACAGCAUUUUCGGCACUUUGGGAAAGUGCUUAAAGUGUAUUGCAGGACUCAGAAGAAUCUGGCCAUCGUGCAUUUCCAGGAUCACACAUCUGCAGCCAAAGCCAAAAAGAAAGGAAAGCAGUUCCAGAGGACUGAAAUUCAGAUAUUUUGGCAAAGGAAAAAGCAAAGUCCAAGUGAAAAAGCUGCUAGACCUUCAGAAGUCAAAGAUGUGACGGGGGACUCAGAGUCUGGGGCUGCAUUUUUGCAGUCUUCCCCUAGUCGCAAGCCUCUUCCCAGAGCAGUGCCCAUCAACACCACUAGCUCCCUUACUAAAAGCUCUCCAAUCCAAAAAUCGUCUGUUGCUAAAACACUCCAGUUUGAGAGUGAGGCACCAUUGGAGUCAGUCUCAGAGGAACGGAGCGUAGAACGACCUAUUAUUAACCUGCCCUCAGUACUGCAGCCUCUGAUUGGUCAGGUAGCUGAAACCGCAGAGGAGAGAUACCGCCUCCUAGAGCAGAGAGACAAGAUUUUACGUCAAGCUCGACCCAAAAGAACAGACCUGGAUAUGUCCAAAGUGUUUGUGGGAACAUGCCCUGAUAUGUGCCCGGAGAAAGAGCGGUAUAUGAGAGAAACCCGCAACCAGCUGAGCAUCUUUGAAGUUAUUCCAGAUACAGAGAAGGUGGAUCAUUUUGCAGCUAUCAAAGAGUAUAGCAGGUCUUCGGCCGAUCAGGAAGAACCACUCUCUCAUGAGCUUAGACCACUUUCUGUGCUAAGCAUGACUAUGGACUACCUUGUAACCCAGAUUAUGGACCAGGGUGAGGGCAAUUACCGUGACUGGUAUGUUGUCUGGAACAGAACCAGAGGAAUUCGGAAGGACAUUACGCAGCAGCAUCUAUGUGAUCCAGAAACAGUAUCGCUCAUUGAGAAAUGUACCCGUUUCCACAUUCACUGUGCCCAUCACCUCUGCCAGGAACCCAUGAUGUCUUUUGAUGCAAAAAUCAACAAUGAGAAUAUGACAAAAUGCCUGCAGAGUCUGAAGGAGAUGUAUCAAGACCUAGCUACUAAAGAGGUGUACUGCCCAAAUGAAGCAGAGUUCCGCCAAUACAAUGUGUUGCUUAAGCUCAAUGAUGGAGAUAUUCUUCGUGAGGUGCAGCAGUUCCGUAAAGAGGUACGGGAGUCUCGAGAGGUUGAUUUUGCUGUGCAGGCCUUUGCAGCACUCAACAGCAAUAACUUUGUCCGGUUCUUCAAACUUGUGAGUGCAGCUUCCUAUUUGAGCAGCUGCAUACUUCACAGAUACUUCAAUCAGGUGCGAAGCAAAGCACUGAAAAUCCUCAAUGUGGCCUUUACUGUUGGAUCCCAAAGAUCCACCAUUUUCCCAGUCGAAGACUUUGUCAGAAUGCUCAUGUUCCGCAAUGCCACUGAAGCCACAGACUUUAUUCAACAGUUUGGCCUAACUAUCAAUGAUGGCAUGGUAGAACUUAGUCGCACAUCCUAUCAGGAGCCUGAUUUCUCCUUACCGCAGAGGAAGUCUGUGGUCAUUGAGAGGAAGAGAACUGUUCUGAUUGGUGAGGUGGUGAACGGUGGACCACUGCCCAACCCACCCCAGCACAAUCCCGUUUGCAGCUUCGACUUCAACAAGAAGUACACAGGAGACGGUCUGUCUUCUGAGCCUCCACCAGCGGCCCUGAAGGCUCAUCCACAGAGGCAGGAGUUGAAGCCAUUGAUGGACCCUGACUCCAGGUUUCAGGUGACAACAAGGCUUCUGGCUGAACCACGGCUGUUUGUGGACCACUCUGGCACGACAGAGCCUGUAAAACCUGACGACAUGGAGGAAACCGGAGAGAAGAACCAAACAGAAUUAUCUCUACCUAUGGUGCCACAGCUGGUUUUCCAACCCAUAUUAGCCCCACAACCAGUCCGACCUCCAUCUCCUCCACCCAAGCCAGAACCAGCGUACACAGAUCAGGAUAUAAUAGCAGAGGUGGAUGCGGUGCUUAAUGAGGUAGUGGAAGCCGAGGUCUCUGAUAUAACUCAUGCAGCUGCUGAAUGUGUGUCUGCAGCCCUCAGUGUGAGUGACAGUGAGUUAGAAACAGUUGUGACUGAAGUCUUAAAUCAGCUGCUGAGGGAACUAUCUACGGCAGAGAUAAUCGCUGAGAAGGAGAGAAUCGCAGAGGAGAAACGCAAGCAGGAAGAAGCCAGGCGGAAGGAAGCUUUUCUUGAUCAGUUCAGCGGUGAGCUGUGUGCUAAAAUCAGUGACGAGGUGCUAACAGAGAGCAUUAGAGCGACCGCAGAGGCUGAAAUAAGGCUUGCUUUAGAAGAAAAGGCGGCUUGUAUUGCCCGCUGCUCAGCGGAGGAAUGCGACAGCAUAGUAGAGGAGACGCUGGCUGAGCAGUUGGCUGCAAUGACACAAGAUAUCCUGGACAACGAGUUGAGGCGCAUCUGCAAGUUCAUCAAGAGGUGGCGAGAUGUGGUAGCCGUGCGUCGUCAGCUAAAGAGACAGAUGCGUGGUUUCCCUGCAGCCCCUGGCUGUGUAGAUCCACGGUUCAAACUGAAGGCUCUCGUACCCAGUGCCCCUAUGAGCCCCUCUCUGGACCUCCUGGCCCAGGGGAUGGUCAACCUUGGUAACUCCGGGAACAUGGCGGUUUCCUGCACAAGAUUGCUGAAAAUGAGACAAGAAGCAGUUCAUCAAAUGAAAGUGUCCUACUACUACAAUCUCUUACUGAGUGAGCGUGUAUGGAUGCCUCUUGACCUGCCCACUCUUGUGGCAGAAAGCACCCCUAAUGCACCUGAUAGAAUCUUCUGGAAAGCCACACUUCUAUUGCCAAGCAACUGCGAUAGUGACAUAACCUAUGCCAGCAGGAUUCUGACAGACUGGCUUGAGGUUAAAUUGGGUAGAGGAAUCCAAUCUGAAGAGAGUGAGAAAGAACUCAAAGGGCAACUGAAAACACUGUGCAUUAGUCACAGCUUGACAAAUAUUAGGGGACAGACUCACAAAGUUCACAUUGCUAUAAAAGCAUGCCAUGGCCCUCUGAGUGCAGAAGACCAGUGUCUGCUGGAGGAACAGAAGGAGCUCCAUGGUACCAACGCUCUGCUGAUGCUACUUCCCUCUCUUAACAGUGCUGGACAGGGUGAAGAGGAUGAAGAUGUGUCCCUGCUCUCUGCACUCCUUCAGCUGAGGCAGGUGCAGCAGGCCAGCUGCUGGCACUCUCCUGUACCACUGGUUGUGGUGGUUACUGGCAACCAAGAGGGCGGUACCAAUGAUCAUGGUUUGGAAGAAGCACUCAUGUUGAAUAUGUUAGUCAAAGAUGGUCUCAUCUCUGAAUACAUCUUUGUCCACGUACCAGCAACCCUCACUGACCUGCAAGGCUCCGAGCAGAUGAGUCAUGUCAUCAGGUGGCUUGCCGCCCGUUCUCCCGCUGGCCCAGCCCUGUGCUCUCAGACCCUGCUGCAGGUUGUUGAGUUAGGCCUGUGCCGUGAGUUCUACUCCAGACUACAACGAGACAAGCGGGACAGGAAACAUGCAGGUCUUCCGUCUCAGCACCCGGAGCCUAUCGUGCAUCUCUGUAACAGUGUGCUGAGUUUCAUAGCAGGUGUGGUUUCGUCAGAGCAUCUGUCCAGUCUCUGCUGGCCACCUCCUGAAUUCUCUCUCCCCGAGAACAGUGAGCUGAUUCCUCACCAGGCUUGGAACUCUCCAGAACACCUGGAGUGGCUGAAGAGAACCAUCCUCAGCCGGCAACUUCCUGAGUGGGAUCUGCCUCCAAUUGGUGCCUCCUGGCCACAUUUGUGUGCCUCGAUAUUCCAGUACGUAUCCCAGAUCCCUACCUCACCCUUAAGCCAACCUAUUCUAAUGUCCCGCCUGGAGAACCUGCUAAGAAGAGUGAACUACCAAUACUUUCAUGUGAGUGAUGCAGAUGAGGAUGACUAUGAGACGACUGGACCGUCCUUUCACGAAAUUCCUUGGGACGAUAUCAUAAGCCUGUGUGUAGAGCAUCGUAUGAAGGACUGGAGUUUGGAGACUCUGGUGGCAAAAGAUGCCCUCAUGGAUGAUGGUGAGAUUUUUGUAUAUUUUAACAAAGACAGCCUGAAGAGUUUCCAACCUCCUCAUAGCUGGAUAGAGGCUGUGAAACAGACAUAUCGGGAAAAACAGCAGGCCUCAGAAGUGUCAAAAGUCAGGCCCCUAACCACGGCCAGACAUUUCCCCAAACAGAAGCUUUUUCAGAGUCACAUAAUCACAGAGGAAUGGCCUAUUGUUCGUGAUGCUGCACAAAUUCCCAUAUCGCAGCACUUUGAACAGAUUAUCUCUUCCAUUCGCGAUAUGAACGCUGAGGGCCAGAGGAUCGGAGAGCAGAUACAGCGUCGGAUUGAAGCAGAUCCUUUACGCCCUUCAUCGUUUACGCCCUUUACGCCCUUCAUCUCUAUGCCCGUAACCAUGACCCCCUCCCGAAAGCUCCCUGCUGCUGGCACUGUCCACAUACAGGAAACACAAACAGCUGACCUGGUUAAGAAAAUAUCAUCUCCUUGCAAAAGACUCUUUGAUGCAGACAGCACACAUAAUCCCAUAAUGGAGCGACUUCAGCGUACUCUCUUAAAUGUUCAGGAGAUGAAUGCUGAGGGCCAGAGAAUUGGAGAGCAGAUUCAGCGCAGAAUUGAAGCAGAUCGCUUGUCCUCUGCCUCUUUUCCUCUCUUCCUCCCCUCCACGCUCCUCUCUGCGCCUCCCCUAGUUAGGACUUCCUCUUCCAAGCGCCCUUCUGCUACCAUCCACCUACAAGAAGUGGAAACGAAAGAUUCUGUUGAAAAAACUUCUGCAUCUUUUGAAAAAAACAGACCGUUAUCUUUGUUCCAGCGUUUGCAGGACUUAAAAAGAGAGUUGUCAAGUCAGAAGGAGGAGGAACGUGUGUGUGACCUCAAGCUGAAGUGUCUUUUAGACAUUGUAGAAAACUGAAGAUGUUUGAAUAUAACAGCAUCUGCUGAAUGCCUCUUCUAGUCUCCCAAUUUGAAAGAUUUUUGUAAACAUUUGUCUUUUGUCUGCUGCUUAUUGGUCUCAGCUGUUUUAUUUUUGCAGUUUUAAAUUUUAUAUUUUUUUGAUUAAAAUGCUUAAGUCAUGUGCCUCAUCCAUUAGGUUUAAUUAAAUCUUAGUGUGUGUAUCUCCUUGUACUUUAACAGUAAUUUAGAAUUUGUUCAUUUGUUUUCAUACAUACUUUUCCCUCUUUCUGAAUAAUAGAGUUAAAUGUAUUUUGUUCAUCCCAAUAAUUCUGUUGUAUUUAAAUGUAUAUUUUUGGACAACCAUAAAGAUAGUUUUUAUCAAA